ACAUGGAGCGCGAGAGAGGAGCGGCCAGGAAUAGCAGAGAGUACGCGAGUCUAUUCGUUCCGUUAAAUGAGUGUUUCGUUCUCGGCGGAGGAGGUGUUCGACCGAUUGUAGUGCGUGCGCUCGCUCGCUCCGGUCAAACUUGAAGUCAAACUGAAGAACCCGGGGGUCCGAGGACUCGACUCGACGAAUCAAGGAUCCGGACGACGCGGGAAUACGCGGUCGCGCUCUCUCUCUAUCUCUCUCUCUCGCUCCUACAUCUAUAUAUAUGGAGCAGACUCACUCAGGGAAACGCCUGUUUCACGUGCCGAAUCGCGCGCAGUGAACGCGAAAGUGCGCGUAUAUGUGUGUAUAUUCCGUCUAUGUGUGCGUAUCGCAUAGUGGAGUCGCCGCCGUCAUCGACGACGUCCUCGUCGUCUACGCGAGAAAGGGCGGCGAGGAGAUAAGAUAGAGCUCCGAAGGAAGGACAGAGAGCGAAAGAGGGAGUGAGCUGUCAGUGUGUGCGUGUCAGUCGUCCGUUUGCAUGUGUGCGCGGCCGCGUGUGUGUGCCAGGCAAGAAGACGAAGAAGAGGAGGAGGAGAAGAAGAAGAGAAGAAGAGGUGAUUAUAGGAGAGCUGCUCCGUUCGCCGCCUUCCUAGAGGCGGAGCGCGUCGUCGUGCUCUUUUCCCGUCGUCGUCGUCGUCCUCGGGGCAAUGUCUAUCGAGACACGCUCGACCUCGGCCCUGUUCAAGCGCGCCGAGCAGCUCAAGCGCUGGGAGCAGUCCGAGACGAAUCGCGAGCCCGCGCAGCCGCGCCAGGUCGCGCGCAAGAUCAAGUUCUCCGCCGACUGCGUGUUCCUGGCGGCGUGCGCGGCCAGCGACAAGGAAGAGGUCGUGCGCCUGCUGCAGAAAGGGGCGGACAUCAACACCGGGAACGUUGACGGGCUCACCGCGCUGCACCAGGCCUGCAUCGAUGAUGAUCUGGAUAUGGUGGAAUUUUUGGUGGAGCAAGGAGCGGAUAUCAAUCGUGGAGAUAACGAAGGAUGGACACCCUUACAUGCUACAGCAUCAUGUGGAUUUAUAUCUAUUGCCAAAUACUUAAUAGAACAAGGAUGUAAUCUGGCAGCAGUUAAUAACGAUGGUGAACUGGCGCUUGAUAUUGCAGAAAGCGACGAGAUGGAAGACAUGCUCCAACAGCAUAUAAAUAAAGCAGGUAUCGAUUGUGACCAGGCUAGAAGUGAAGAGGAACAAUCAAUGCUGACCGACGCGAAAGCUUGGCGUUCAGGCGCGCCAGGUAAAGAUUCUGUACAUCCUAGAUCAGGAGCUACUGCACUUCAUGUUGCUGCUGCCAAAGGCUACAUCAAAGUUAUGCACAUAUUACUACAAGCUCGAUGCAAUGUUGAUGCACAGGACUUUGAUGGGUGGACGCCUUUGCAUGGUGCGGCACAUUGGGGUCAAUUGGAAGCUUGCAAACUUCUUGUUGAGAAUGACUGUGAUAUGGAUAUGAAAAAUUAUGCCGGCCAAACUGCUUUUGAUGUUGCUGAUGCAGAUAUCCUCAAAGCUCUUGAAAAUCUAAGAGAGCAACAAGCACUUAUAAUAAAAGAAAAUCCACAAACAAAUAAUAAGAAGCAAUCAUCUAUACCAAAGAAACGUGUCUCAACGAGUGCUGAUAGUGCAGUAACGGCGCAAGAAUCUACGGAGAUCUUUGAAGAAGAAACACCAAAUAAAGUUAAAAAGGUUGAAUUGGAAAUUCAAUCUGACAAAGAAGAUUCCAGCACUAGUACAAACAGUGAUGUUGAAGCAACGCGUGAAACACACAUGGAAGAGAGUGAUGGUGAAGGUGAAUCUGAGACUAGCUCAGAAUCACACUCUUCCACUUUCUCCAAUCAAUCUGAUAAGUCUAACCACGCGACAUGUCUUACAGAUGACGAGAAGAAAAAUAGAGUAAACAAAGAUGAAAAUGCACUCCACAGUCCAAUAUCUCCGGUUGAAACUACUAAAGUUCCUAAUCAGGCUCCAAUAUUGCCACCAAAACAACAGACUGAUAAUAAUGAAGAAGGUGUUGUACCAUCUUGGAGACGUUCAGGUUCCUUUCGAAAUAAAAUGCAAAACACUGAAACUACUAAUUCUGUAUCUACAAAACUCGAAGAUAAGGAUAACAACAUUAAGAUACCAACAGUACCAAAUAAAGUUAGUGGAGAGCCUGAUGUGGUGUUAAGAAGAACACAUAGUUUUGAAACAGACGAAAAGUUUUAUGAACAAUAUUUGGCAUUACGUGCUCGCAUCAAGGCGUUCUCGUGCCCUAGCCUCCAUCGCUGCAAUGCAGCUGCUCCUACUUACACCAAUUCUACGACUCGUUCUGCAUCUCUACGCGAAACACCCAGGUAUAUGCCGCGUGCUUCUAAUCAAUGUAAAAAAGACGUGAAAUUAAAUUUGGAAUUAUCAAGACUGCCACAAGGAAGCAAUACACUUUCACCAACAUCUGCAUCUAAAACAUUGGCCUCGAGUUUAUUGUCAUCCAUCACAACAACUACCACUGCCACUACAACAACAAGUCCUAUUCCAGUCAAUCAAAUUCGCAGUGUUCAACCAAUGGAAGCUGCAUCUACAGUUGUAUCAAAUACAAAUAAUGCAGUAGCAACUGCUCCUGGAACUCCCACUACACCAGGCGGGAGCAAGCUAAGUCCAGGAAAUAUCUUCAAGAAUUUCUUCAAAUCCUUCGUUCCGCCGGUACGCGAUGAGGAGAGCGAAACGCAAAGGAAAGCUCAUGCGAAGAGAGUGAGAGAGACCAGAAGAUCAACUCAAGGUGUGACGUUGGACGAGAUCAAGAGCGCGGAACAAUUAGUCAAGAAAAAGCAACAGAACAACGAAUCGCCAGCAGUAAUACCAUCCACGCAGCCUACAACUACCGUCAGCAAUACAGCUUCGAUCACAGCUACGAUAACAACCGCAACUUCGACUACCGCUACCGUGACUACUGCGAAUAAAGUAGAAGAAUCUAAUUUGCCUGAAAGACGACCAUCUUGGAGAUUAAGGGUAGACAAUGGAAGCAAGUUUCAGUUAGAAGAUGCUAAUAAUAAACCUACCGAUAAUACUACGGCCUACAUGAGAAGACCGUCUACUGGAACUGGUAUACCUAGACCAUCAUCAGCGCCAGUAGAGACUAUUGCUACCAGUAGUACAGAAACCACAAUUACUUUACCCCUUAGGAGAUCGUCAAAGCAACCUGACGACAAAGAACAAGAUAAGGAAAAUGAUAGUAGAAACGCACAAGCUACACAGGCGGUUAUACAAAGGAGGCGUAGGCCUAAGAGAAGAUCGACAGGCGUGGUUCACGUAGAUAUGGAUGAAAUCGAUCCAGAAAAACAAGAUGUAACUGCUGGUGGGGACUGCGACGAUUCCAAAAUUAAUCAUAAUGAAGGAGCACAAGCUAAGCCAACAACAGCUGCGGGCCUGAGAGCUCAGGCAUCAACAAAUGGGAAAUCAAUUUUUGGAAACAGGUCACGAAUCAGCGGAUUGCUCUCGCUGAAUCAGAAUAAUCUAACAACGUACAACUCGGGUUUAUUGGGCGCGAAAAGUCCCAAUCUGUAUUCUGGAUCGAGUUACUUGAAUAAAGGCGCGAAGACUGCCGAUCUAUUUCGCACAAGUCCGUAUGUGAAAUCGACCAACAGUCCGACAAGUUACCAAAGUCUCUUCACGACGUACGGUGGAACGAAAACCGGAUACGGUGGUGUGACCGUACCCUCUCAUACAGUCGUCAAUCCCUUGAAUUUAAACACAUCUCCCAGUUACAACUAUCUGAAUCUAAAUGUUCACUCUCACGUGCCAAAAACGGAGAGUUUUAGCAGGUCCAAAGUAAAACCAAGUUUAAAUAUCAGGUCGAGGAGCUCCAGUCUAACUAGUCUAACUAGUUCCGAGGGAUACGCUAGUGGAAAUGAUCGUUCUGUGAGGGCUAAUAGAUUAGGCUCAAUAUCUUCAUUAUCAUCAGAAGCAUCAUCAGCGCCGAUCAGAUUAAAAUCCAAUAAUUCCGAAAACGGCGAAUUAGACUAUAAGAAAUUGUACGAGGAAUCUCAGGGCGAGAACGAAAGAUUAAAGGACAGAUUGAAACGUUCCGAUGAACAGUUGAAGGAAGUUAGAAGUUUAUUGGAGAAAUCGCAAACCAACCAAAACAAAGUAAUUCUCUCUGAGGCGGAAAAGAGAGAAAGGCGAGCAAUGGAGAGAAAACUUUCGGAAAUGGAAGAGGAAUUAAAGGUGAUGGAGCAACUAAAAUGCGAAAAUCAGAGGCUAAAAGAUGAAAAUGGUGCCUUGAUCAGAGUAAUCAGCAAAUUGUCCAAAUAAAGUCUUGUAGUCUCAACACUGCACAUUGUAAUGAAAUUUUAAGUUGUUGUAUGUUAUGAUUGUAUAUCGAAAUGAAUUGCUUUAAUUAUCGCAGCAUUAUUAUUAUCGCUAGUAUUCUUACAAACGCGCAUCACGCUAUCGAUGAAUUUAUCCUCAUGCUAGUAAUUUAACUUAUUCCGAUGAUGAGAUCAAAUUAUUAAUCGCAUGGCUGUGCCAAAGGCGAAAAAAAUAUGUUACUUCUAUUCUUAGACUGUGAAUAUUUGAUUGUAAAAGACUUAGAGAAAUUUUACUUUGCGGAAUUAUUUUUUAAUGUCUUAUAUAUAUAUAUAGAAAGAUAAAUUUUAUAAUCCACUAUAUAAAAUUAAUUCAAUGUUUUACAGUAAAAAAAUUCUGAUUUACUUUGUAUUCGACUUAUACUAGGGAGAAAAUCUGUUGAUUUUUUACAUCUUUUUUUUUUUUAACAAAUCACGUUAUCUAUGUUGAUUCUCUUUAUAAGGACAUUUUUGUAUAAUUAUAGACAACAAUGAUGUGGCAUUUUAAUAACUAGAAGAGAGAAUUUUAAGAGAAAUACUCUGACUGCAGACAAAUAAAACUACAGUAAAACGAGUCCAUUUGCAUUAUCGAAGAGCAAUAAAUUUGAUAUAUAUUUGUUUUGCUUGAUUAAAUUAUGCAGCUGAUAAAAAAGGAUGGAGUCACAAAGAACAUGAUCUUGCUACUCAAGUGGCCUUUCUCUGAAGACUGCAAUUUAUAAAUCCUUCCAUCAUUGCCAUUUUUGCAGUAUAAGCAGAAUUUGAUGCAUGUACGGGAGAAUAAAUGUUUUUAAUUUUAUUCUGUAAUAUUAAUAAUUUUCUUAUAUAAUAUCACAGAUAUGUAUGUAAAAUAUACUUAAGACACAUCAGGAUUUAAUCUCCUUAAAGUGCUAAAAUUACUAUAUGUUAGAGCUGUGGCUGUAAAAAAAACUUGAGUUCGAACUGUUGAUGUGGUAGAAUCUGUGUUAUUAUUUUUAACUAUUUGUCUAAUGUAUGAAAUGCUGUUAUCUAUUAUUUUCUUAUAGCAUUAAUAAAAUUAUUGUUCAAUAUACACUUUGGAUAAAAACGAAUUUAUAAAUAUUGGAUUAUGGAAUGUGCAAACUGACAGUUGGCAUGUUUUUUAAUGAUAUUAUUGUAAACAAUUGUAAAAAAAGGAUGACUCAAUGUAGUUAUUUCGUAAUGAAAUUUAUUAGAAAAUAA